AUGAGUCUAGAGGCUCAGCGCUAUGACCCGAAGCUGUAUGGCGGUCAACGUGCAAUCGGCGACGGCGUUGGCCCUACGAUUUGUCGCUGCUGUGGAUGCUCUGCCGAGCGACCUCCGUGUUGCUGCGAGUCUUUCCGCAAGGGUGCGGAGACAGCAAGUCAUCUUUUUCAGCGUGGUGCUAAGCAGCAGCAGCAGCAUCUACUGCGUCAUCAUCAGCAACAAAAGGAGGGAAGUGAGGAGCAGUUGCAUGAACGCCACCAUUCUUCGUCUCGCCAUUGCUUUUUCUGUGUCCCGGAGCAGGAAGAGCUGCAGGAGUACGAGCGUUUGGAGAAAGAACAGAGGUACCGUUCAGUGCGUGCAGAACGACAGCAGCUUCAAGCUGCAUUACACGAUGAUGUGUGGCGUGGUGCGACACCCCAAUAUGAGCCUUUCUCGGAGUAUUCCUACAGGCCAAACACAGCUCAACUGCUCCGUUAUUCUCAAGGGUCUUUCUAUCAGCGUGCCGUUGCAAUGGAGCGAGAACGCCGGCGACAGGAAUUGCGCAGGGAAAUUGAGGAGAGGAAGCGAGAAAUGGGUGCGCGUGGGAUGAUGCGUCAACCGAUUACUGUCUUUACAUCUCUGGGCGGUGCGAAGAGGCCAGUUGCUCCGGUUCAGCGAACACGUGGGACGAAUUUUGCGAGCUGUCCUAUGACUGUGUGCCCCACAACGGGUCUAAUGCAACAUAAGCACUCUGGUCGCGGUAUACGAAAAGCGGGAGCAAAGUCAGUGGCAUUGGUGACGCCAGGCGGUGAAGGUGAAGGCCGCAGUUGUCCGUACGUGCGUGGGCGGAAGGCUCACAAAGGGACCAGGCCUCAUGUAAAAGGAAACACGGCACUUACCGUGACAGACGUGGGCAAGGAGCCAGCGUCUGUUCCCCCCGCAUCACAAUCCCCGUCUCGUUCCAGGUUUGAAGAAGGGCGGAGGAUGCCGUCUUCAACUGUCCCACUACGUGGUGGGAAGGGCGAGUGCCGUUGUAAGCCGUGUAAGUGUUGCUCAUGCGCUGACUUUGAGUGUCGCUGCAAAUUGUGUAAGUGCUGCCGGUGCGCGGAAAAGGCUGACUCCGCGGAUGUUAUUCCCACAAUCCCUCACACCGCAGAUACCGUCCCGGCAGCAAAAGUAGAAGAACAAGAUAAGGCGGUGCCUGCUGCACCCUUGCGAGCCACGUCUGCGCCGCCGUGCUCGGUUCGUUCGCAGCGCCGUGCCCCUGAUCAUGGCAGAAAGAUUUAUAUCACAGACGAUGCAUAUUUGUGUCGGCGAUCUAAAGUUAUCGAACUGUUGGAGCGGGACGGAUACGUCCGACGCCUCAGUCCUACAACGCGCAGUCCAAGUGCCCCACUUCCUGAAAAGACCCGCAAGUGGGCAACGACGCGCAGUACCAGUGCCCAUCGCGUCUGCGUCUGA